AUUAUACUUCAGUAAAUUUAGAAUGGUUUUUUUACAUUAUUAUUAAAAAAUACAUGUAAUGGUUUCAUUUGAAAAUAGUUGAAUCUUUUUUAUCGAAAAGAAAAUAUUUAGUGAAGUUUCUAUUGUUGCAAUUUAUCGCCGAUUAGAGAAUGUUAAGUUUCUGUUUACAUUAUUUUUUGUCAAAUUUUCAUAAUUGCUAUUAUAUAUUUAUCUAUGUAUAUUGUCAAAUAUUUAUAGAAUGUUCGUUUUAAAAUUGGCGGGGCAUUAAAUUCGGCGCCAUCUAGCGAAAUUAACAUACAUUAAAGAUGCAGUUGCAUUUUAUAAUCUAAUCGUGGUUGAUUUACGAUUAGAAUAAAAGAUAAAAAUUAAAAGAAAAUCUUAAUUCUGUGUUUUAUAAAUGAAACAAUUAGACCAUAUUAAUCAAGUACUUUAUUCGAUAUAUUUUUCUUCUUCUUUUUCAAAAUUGUUAAAAUUCGAACUAAUUGUCCUCGCUUAACCUAACAUAUACUUUCUUCAGAAGAUAUUAUUCAAUUAUAUAAUGAUAUAAUAUAAUAAUUUGCAAUAUGAAAUCGUCGAUUUUUUUCGAGUUAUAGAAAAAGAAAUUCCUUUAAUCGAUUUUACAAAAACGAAGAAAGAUUUGGAUUCAAAUGGGAAUAAAUUUUCCGGAUGGCGAACGUUUUCGUUGACACGUUGAGUUGCAUUUUCAUAACGAUCAAAGUCUGUGUGCAUCGGGAAUAUUCAUACCGAGGAAAGACAUAUUCCUCUGCAGCUAUUCUCCGAGAUGCAAUUUUCUCUUUCCUUUUCUUUCUCUCUCUCUCUCUCUCUCUCUCUCUCUCGCUCUCUUUCUCUCUCUCCGUCUUUCUCUCGCUAGGAGGGCCAAAAUCGUCAAGAAGAUAUCGUUGCAGACAAAAUGAAGAAGGAUAAAAGAUAAAGCAGCAGCAAUAGUAGCAGCAAUAGUGCCGUUAAAUCGUUAAAAUUCUUAGGAUUCGUCGCUAUGUUCGAACGUGAAAUAAAACGAAUCGCUUUGUAUUUCAUGACAUGGGCGGACAGUAGAAAAGUUGGAUGAAGUAGACGAAAUAGACGAUACUUUGACGAAGGACACGAAGGGUGUAAUGAAAAAAAAAAAGAAAAAAAAAAAAAGGAAAAGAGGACAACGCAUAACUUUCCUUCUAUUCACUGAACCUCGUUACCCUUGUGAACUCCAUUCUCAUCUAAUUAUCGAAUUUAAUUUUGUCCUCGUUAUAGAGGGAUGCCUCUUAACGAAGUCUUGCACGAGUACUUGCCACCCUUUCAACAGACGUCCUAUUCGCUAGUAUCGUCGUUGUCGACGUUGUAGUCGUCGUCGCCGUCGUCAUCGUCGUCGUCGUCGUCAUCGUCGUCGUCGUCGUCGUCGUAGACACUCGUACGAGUACGCUUCAUCGUAACUCGAGAGCUUCCACGAUCGUGCGUAGCCCUUAAUUGGAGACGCACGAAGGACUCGUGGCGUUCCUAGGGAGUUUGCUAGAACAUGAAGGAGAAGAACGAGGAUGAUGAAGAGGAGAAAUGGCGCCGAUGGAAGACACGUUGAAGGCUGCUACCUGCUGGUUAUAUCCUUUUCUUCUUCCUUUUCGAAGGGCCAUUCUUCUUGAAAAUGAAAAGGAGUUCCCGAUAAAGUGUUGGAAUGAAAGAGGAGCAAAACAGAAGGAAAUAGAAAAGGGAGAAAGGGAAAGAAAUCACGAGGAAGGAUCUCUUUAUAAUCUUCAGGAAAUUCUGUCGAGGGAAAGGAUGAAUUUUGCACGAUUAAUCAAGGAACGAAGAAGCACUUCUUCGAUUCAGCUCGAAGGCGUACACCCUUUCGAAUUACCACGGUUCGAUUCACAUCUGCAACACCAAUGUACAGGAAAAGUACGAGGAGAUGAAGAGAUGAAGAGAAAAAGGCGACGUAGAAAUUCUCAGGGAAUCGAGAAGUCGAUGCACCGCCACGCUGGAAUGGGAUUGCGAGAAGCUGAACGAAUAUUUAAAGAAUCACCUCGCAUGCAACGAUCUAGUUCGAGAAUUACUAAGCCCUUCUACGAUCAAAUACUCGAGAGUCUGAUUAAAGAAAUGCUGCUGCUGCUGCUGCUGUUGCUGUUCGAUCAUCCCUUUCACGAGCUGGAUUAUUAUUAUCUUUUUGAUUCGUUCAAUAAUUGCAAUGUCGCAGAGACGAGUAUAAGCAUGGGAUAAUAGAGGGUUAGUAAACCUUAGUUGGAUUUCUACCAAGUAAUAAACGAAUUGGACGAUAUGUAAAAUAAUGAAUAUCGUACGAUAUGGCACAGCCAUCGUGCCUGCCAUAGUUCGAAAAGAGAAUAGGCUAAGCGAAAGAGAACGAAUGGACUCAAUUCUAACAGCAGGAAGACGUUUCUACAUACA